AUGGACGCAUUCCCAUCUAUCCAAACUAAUUCGAUAUCCGAACAAGAUCCACAAAAACAAAGUACUUCAAAUGGAGUCUUAUCAACAGCAGAACGAUUGAUGUUACAACACCAAACCCAACCCCAAACCAAUGGAGUCCAACAUCUUUCAUACGAAGAGAUGAGAGCUUCACCACAAUUCAAUGGAGUUCAACCAUCUGAUCCGAUCAAUCAUCAAAAUAAAAAGAAACAACCAGAUAUGGAUUCAGAAACGGCUUUUCCUUCCUUAGGAACACCGGCUGCUGCACCUAAAACUUCAGGUGGUUGGGGUUCUGGUCCAGCUUUGAGUGCUAGAGUUGCUACUAAUUCGAAAUCGGGAAUGCCUACUAAUUUCAAUUCCAAUGUGUUUACUGAAACUUUGGUUUUGUUUAUAUCUGGGAUUCAUAUCGGUCCUGUUCCACAACAGUUCAGGGAGAAGGGACCAAGACAAGCUGGAGAGAAACGAGAGGAAGAUCCCAAGACUUUACCAGAUGUUUUACGAGCCAUCCAACGUCGACAUCCUACUGUCAGCGUAGAAUCCUCAACAUCCAGAGAUAGAGUGACCAUCUUAUUCAAAACACCAUACACCCUUCCACCCGUAACCUCUUCGACCCCACCUCUAGUGAAAGCAGCCUCAGGACUGAAUCCAGAAGACAGGAUCGUAAGAGCUAGACAAGAACUCAUCACCAGAGUGACCCGUAAGAUCGAAAAGAUAGUGAUGGUACCUGCUCAUGUGAAACCAUAUGUGAUCGGACAAAAAGGAAGAGUAUUGAAGAAUAUAAUCGAAAGUACUGGAGCAAGUGUGAAUUUACCACCUAAAGAUGAUUCACGACCGAUCUUAUUAAACCAAGACCAAGAACCAUCAACCGAAGAAAUCGAAAUGAUUCCGAUCACCAUCAAUGGAGAAGAAUCGGCAGUAUUGGAUGCAGAAGAUCGAAUUAAAGCUAUCGUUAAAGAACGUAGCAAUAAAGUGAACCUUAAAGUUGAAAGUAUUCCAAUUGACUUUUAUCCAAUCUUAGAUGGACCUAGUCCUAGUGAAUCUAAAUUAACUAGUAUCACUCAACGUACUUUGGUUGAAAAACAUGGGAUCAAAGAAGAAGAUUUGAAUUGUCGUGUUAUUGUACCUUCUACUCAUCAAUUACGUAAAAUCAAUCGAUCUCAUAUUUGUUUGGCUGAUGAAGGUAAUGAAGAUAAUACCGAUUCAGAGGAUGUGACUAAGAGUUCGGCUAUAGUCGUUUCUGGUGAACGAGAACAAGUUGAUUUGGUCAUCAAGCUUGUUCAAAGCAUUUAUGAUGAUUUUCUACGAAAGACUACCAAGGUCGAGUUUGAGCUACCAAAGCGACAGCAUCGAUUCUUGGAUGGACAAACUCUAGAUGAAAUCUUAUCCUCUACUGGAUCUAUUGUAGCUCUUCCCCCAGCCAAUGAUCCUAGUGAAAAAGUUCUCGUUCGGGGUGAAAAGAUGGCCAAUGUCCAAGCCUUAGGCUUAGUGAUGACAGCUGCGAAUGCAAAAGAAGUAGAUUGUAUAGAUCUGAAAACACUUCAACCAAACUCACCAAAAUAUCAUAAAGAAAUCAUCACAUAUCUUUCAACUAAAUCUGGACAAACUAAAUUAAAACAAAUCCAAGACCAACAUAAAUCUAAAGUUCAAAUUUAUGUUCCAUUAGUUAGUUCAUUUUCAAGUACUAUAGAAUUGGUUGGAAUGGAAAAUCAAGACAUCCAAAAAGUGAAAGACAUUAUUUUAACGUAUAUUAAAACUUCAUUGAAACCUGAAUACUUUGAAUCUAUCGAAGUAGAUUAUUUACUUCAUAGAUUUUUAUUAAAUAAAAAGAAUUUGAAACUUAAAACUAUUCAAGAACAAAAGGGAAUCGAAAUCAUAAUUCCAAAUGAAUCUGAAAAACGUUCAUCAAUCUUAUUAUGUGGAAGUAGUCCUAAAUCAUCUGGUAAUCAUCAAGAAAUGAUUAAUAAUUUGAAAAUUGUAAAAGAUGAGAUUUCAAAAGUGAUUAAAGAAUUAGAUAACAUUCAAACGAUUUCAAUUGAAGUUGAUGAGAAAUUUCAUAGUUAUAUUCAAGGACCUAAUAGAACCACUUUAAAUGCGAUCAUUGGUGAAGAAAAAUUGGUGUCAGUUGAAGUGGGUAGUAAAGAAAAAGUUGAUCUGAUUAAGAUUAGAGGACCGAAGAAUGAAGUGGAAAGAGUUGAGAAAGAGAUUAAAAGGAUCGCUGAGGAAGCUAAAGUGAAUGAUACGAUCAAUUCAUUUACUACCGAAUUUGAAGUCGAAUCUAAACAUGUAAGUCAUUUAGUAGGAAAAGGAGGUUCAACUGUUGCAAAAUUAAGAGAAGAAUUAGGAGUUAGAGUUGAUUUUAGUGAUGGACCUGGUGGAGGAGGAUCACAACAAGUAGGAGGAAAUAACGAGAAUGAAUCUAAUCAUCAUAGAAAGAAAAAAACGAUGAGUAAAGUUUCAAUUGUGAUUCAAGGAAGGAAAGAGAAUGUUGAAGAAGCUAAGAAACGGAUCUUGGCUCAAGCUGAAAGAUUGGCCGAUGAGAUUACUAUUUCAUUACCAUUACUUUCUGGAUUAGAUAGAAGAUCCCUUAUAGGUAAAGGUGGCAAGUAUGUUACCAGAUUGCAGGAUGUACAUCUUGUUCGUAUUAACAUGCCUAGAGCUCCGACUGAUGAAUCAGGUGCUAGUGUGUCGGAUGGUGAUAAUAUUGUGAUCCGAGGUCCGAAGAAGGGUGUGGAUGCCGUCAGGAAAGAGUUGAUUGAACUUAUGGAAUACGAAAAAGAAAAUGGGAAUACGAUCACAUUAACGAUUUCAACUAAAUCGAUAUCAAGAAUUGUAGGAAAAGGAGGAAUUCAAGCAGAUAAGAUUAAAGAAGAAUCUGGGAUUGGAUCAUUAGAUAUCGAUAAAUCUGAAAGUUCAGAAGGGGUUUCGAAGGUGUUGAUCAAGGGUACUAAAUCAUCAAUUCUUUUAGCUAAGAAAAUGAUUAAUAGUAUCGUACAAGAAGUGGAUGAUGAGGGUAGUACGGAAAUCAUGAUUGAAAAAGUUUAUCAUCAAACUUUGAUUGGUAAAGGAGGAUCCAAACUUCGAGAGAUUGUGAAAAGAGCAGGAGGAGAUGAAGACGAUGCAAAGAUGGUCAAAUUCCCUAGAACAUCAGAUUCAAACCAAGUGAUCAUCAAAGGAUCUAAAAAAUUAAUACCUAAAAUCAAAGAACAACUUGAAAUAGAAGUGAAUAAAUUAAAAUCUCAAAUCGUUUGGGGUCUUCAGAUUCCUAAGUCUAUUCAACCUGGUUUGAUUGGUAGAGGUGCGAUCGGAUUGAAAACUUUACAAAACCAAUUUGGAAUUUUAAUUCAUGCACCUGGUUGGAGAGAAUGGUCUACUGUUUCUGAACCGAUUAAUUUGAAUGAUGAUUUGAAAGGUGUGGAAGAUAAUGAGAUUUUUAAAUUGGUGGGAACUAAAGAAGCUUGUUUGGCUGCUGCACAAGAAAUGAAAAGUAAAGCUGUACCUAAAGAAAGGGUUAGUAAAGCUUCUAAGACGGUUAUGGUUCCUAAAGCGUUACAUAACCAAGUUUCAAGAAACGGUCGAUUGUUCCGAGAACUUCCAAAAGCAAUCAGGAUCGAUCAUAGCAAUAUCCGAACACCUCAACCUUUUCAAAUGCCGACAUCUGUAUUAGACAAAGCGAUUGCAGGAGCUACUAUUCCUGCUACACGAAUUGAUAUGGAUGAAGAAGAUGCUGAGAAUCAAAUGGGAUGGAAUGUACAAGAGAUCCCUGAAUCUAAAGAAAGUGAAGACGGAGAAAUACCUUGGAAUAUUCAUGGACCAAAUGAAGAAGAAGUAGAAAAAGUAUCACAAAUGAUUCAAAAUCGAAUUAAAAAAGAAACCAAUAACAAGAACCCAAAAACGAAAACCUUUACACAUUUAGCAAUUGCUAAAGUACCGGUAAGUUUGAUGCCAAGAAUCAUUGGUAGAGGAGGAAAUGGAUUAAGGAUCAUGAAUGAAGAAUCAGAUGGAGCGAUGAUUGAUGUGAUUGGAAAAGUAGGAUCGGAUAGUUUAAGUAUUUGUGGUAGUUUAGAACAACUUGAAAUCGUUAAGAAAAUCAUUAUUAGGUUUAUUAAAGGUAAUGCUUAUUGAUUUUUAAAGAAGGAAUUGGUUUUCAUUUUAUUUACAAUUUUUUUAGAAGAGAAAAACCAAUCGAAAGAUUUAUAGCAGAUUUUAUUAGAAUUUUAAAUGUUGAGAUGUUUUUUUUCACUUUAGAAGUUAGUUUUUUCAUUUCUUUUUGUUUUAUAUUUUUUAAUGAUUUGAUCUUAAAAAAAAGUAUGAAGUUUGAUGAUUAUUGAAUUGUUUUCAAAAACAAAGUAUUGAAGAAAUUACUUUCGAAAAUUAAUUUUUUGAUUUUUUUUCCUU